CCAGUCAGUUCAGUACUUGGGACGAGCACACUGCCCGCAGCCAUGAACACCGUCUUCCUGUUUUUCGCACUAGUCGCUGGCAUCUUUGCCCAAGAAAAGCCUGGAGCUGUACUCAGACUCAACCAAGAGGCUCUUGAUUAUGGUUCAAGGAUCGCUCCAGACGUUCUUCGUAAGGUACUCAACAAAGCAUCUUUCGAGAAUCUAGAGGACAAAGAGGGCCCAGUCAGCUACAAGUUUAGCAAGAUCUCAUUGGAACAGUCUGAGAUUGAGAGCGCCAACUUCAGCUUCGAUCCAAGCAUCAAUGGUAUUCGUGCCAGCAUUCAGAGACUCAGUGCAUUCGUUAGGCUGGACUAUGAAUCAUCCAUCGAUAUGUCCAUCACCAAGAUGGAACACAGCGGAAGUGUUGACAUUUCCCUUCAGGAUGUAGAUGUGGACCUGAAAGUUGCCGUUGAGGCUGACUCAGAUCGUCGUGCCAAGCCCAAAACUUUGGAAUGCAAAGCCAGCAUCAAGGACAGUGAAUUCAACUUCUCCUCCAUUGUUGUCCACUGGAUGUACUCAACCAUGUCCAAAGUUCUGCCAAACAAAGUCCGUGAAUGGACCGAGGAAAGGCUUUGCCGUGUGAUCACAGACUACAUUGACAACAAAAUGCCUGAAACCAUUAAAGAAGUCAAACUGUCUGCUGAAAUGGACGAGUUCAAGGUUGACUACAGCCCUGUUUCUAAAGUCAGCGUUUCUCAGCAAUCCCUCGAAGCCAGACACAGGGGUGAAGUUUCAUGGAAAUCCGACGGUACCCCAAGCAGCCAGAAGCCAGAUGACCUCCCCAGAGAAGACCAGGAUGACGAGGACAAAAUGUUCAACCUCUGGCUGGAUGAGUUUGUCGCCAAGACCUUCGCUGAGUCUGCUCACAGCCACGACUAUCUUAAAGCCAGAAUUGCCGAAGACACAAUCUCAGAGGAAGACCAGAAAGAGAAACUACGUUUAUCCUACGUUAGCAGCCUCAUCCCCGAGCUCAGCUCCAACAGCGCUGGCUCCGUCCAAGCUGAGGUCAGCUCUAGCAAAGUGCCAGAUGUUGAGAUCUCCGAAGAGGGUGUCAGAGUUCAACUCCAUGGAGAUGUCCUUGUUUCUACUCGCAGCGGCUCUAACUCUGAGCAACAGUUCAAACUGAAGACAACUGUGAAACUCCUGGCCAAGGCCCACAUUGAGAAGAAUCGUCUUAUUCCAGACCUCCUCAGCUACGAUGUCGAAACUAGUGAAUUGACUGCAAUCAAAAUUAAUCCCAAGGAGGCUGAUGCUUUCAAAUUCACUCACAUGGUCGUCAGAGAAAUCGCCGUGAAACAGAUUGAAAAGGUUCUGAGGAAGGGAUUGCCUCUGAUGUCCCUUGAGGAUCUUUCACUGCUCGAUCCAACCGUCAGAUUCACCAAUGGAUCCAUGCACUUGGCCACUGACGUCCAGUACAAGGAGUACUCUUAACUUCACACACAGCAAGACUCUCAGAGGAACAUUACUUCAAGACCUAAUGUAGAGCGGCAAAGUGUCCACACAAUGACUACAAUGACCAGUCCACCAAGUAACGAAACGAUGCAUUGAAGUAAUAAAUAAACAGGAAACUGAACACUU